CUGCUGCUUGUCUGGUCUGUCUCAUAGACUCUUACAAAUAAAAAGAAAGAAAAAGGAAAAUCCAAUUUUAAUUUUCAAAUUGCAAUUACAAUCCAAUUGUAAUGGGCACCCAAAAUCAAACAACAAUUAUGUGGUGGCUUCUUUGUGGUUUCUUAAGUCUUUGGUCAGAGUUUCACAGAAGGAAUAAGACUCCCACCAUUAAACCUAAUCCCUUUUGCGUUCUCAUUCUUUCUUUCUUCUCCCAUCAAGCUUCCUCUUUCUUCUUCCACAUCUCUCUUUCUCUUUCUCGCUACUUUUUUUGCUUUGCUUCGUGUAUCCGCGAUUCCCAAGGUUUCACUGAUCGGAUCCGAUGAAGGAGAUUAAGAAUGAUUUCGUCUCUUCCGCGUUUGACGAUCCCAGGAUCAGGUUCAAGCAUCAAACCCUUAUGGAAGAAUAUCAGGAGUUGCGAAAGGAAACAGAGUUUAAGAUGAGGAAGUUGGAGAUGAUGAAACAAAAACGAUUGACCCUCGAGGCAGAAGUUAGGUUCUUGAGACGUAGAUAUAAACACUUGAAGCAAGACCAAACUGUUGAAACCUGUCCCAAGGUAUUGAGCUUGUCAGAAUCUGGGGAUGUAGAGGCACCAAGUAAACCGAGUCGCAAAAGAAAGAAGCAAUCUGGCUCAGCAUAUGUGCCAGGUUUUGAUUUGAAGCAGAAGGAUACACUUUGCAAUAAGAAGGAAGCAUUGGCUAAUAACGCAAGUUGUGACUUGGAAAAGAAUCCGAAAAGGAGCAGAGGAAACGAGGUUCUGACAAACACCAUUCCACUUCCUGAUCUUAACGGAGAUGAAAACACUUUUGUCAGUGACAAAGUCUCAGGCUUUGACUUAAACCAGAUCUCGAGAGAAGAAGAGGAGCCAGAAGCGAAUGGUGAACAUAUGGUCGCGGAAGCAACGAAGAACGCAAUGGUUGGUGAUCUACAUGGCGAAUUAAAGUUACCGAUUUGCAGAGACUUGGAGAAAGAGUUAAACAGAGCAGUGAAGAGGAAGGUUUCAUGGCAAGAUCCGGUGGCUUUAAGUGUUUGAGGUUGUUCAGUAAGAAUGUGAAGUAGGAUUGAGAUAAUGAUUUUAGCCCAAUUUGCACAUAUGCAUUUAAGGGAUUGAUAUAUAUUAGAUACAACAUGUAUAGAAUUAAGAUUUGAUGAAUUUAGAAAGUCAUAACUUUCAUAUGUCCAACAUAUGACAACAAUUGUCUUAGUGACAACAUUAUCAUUUAAAUCCAAUUUGGUGAUUACA